GGUUCAAGGUGAAGCCUGCCCUCAAUUGUCAGCAGACUGCUCGUGCUCGCAGGCAAUGAGACUUGAGCCCUUCUUCGACUUGUAUCGGAACAUGACCGCGUUCUAUCUCCCUGAUGCGGUUGGGAGUUCUCACCCCGCUCUACGAUCCCAUGCCGAUCUUCGGGAUAUUGUUGUCCUGCUGAGAGGGAAUCUGGAGCGACCUCGGAUCCAUCUCACUACCGAAUACUUCACUCAAAGAGAAGCAGAGGAAAGCAAAAGGCCGCCGCUCAGCGACCAAAACCGGGCUUUCAACCUAGCCGCUCGAGUCAUCACAAUGGUCCAGCCCGCAGCCGAGAAUCAGUCGGACGGGCUGUUAGAGGCAGGGAGCCAACCUGCCCUCUGGUCCAACGACAAGUCUCUCGUAGCCUUUAUCGGCUCGGUGUUCCCCAAGCGGGAACAUCCCACCUUAUCCAGGGGCAAUGAUGCAACUACGACCACCAAGAUUCAUGUUUCUUCCAUCAUGGCUAAGCGAUUAAAGAAGAUCGCCAAGUUGAAGAUCAUUCCGACCGACGACUUGGCUAGUCAUCUAUCACUAGAUGCGAAGCAAGGCACCGUGGCAAUAUUUCAUUAUACGAGCGUACUCAAGGAAGGUCUUACUAAUGGCAACGGACAUCCCAGCUCAGAAGGAGUCGAAGGAGUCGCAGCGAGAACCAACACUCGCUCAAAUAUUCCCCCGCAAUUAGCAAUUGAGACUCUUGCGACUAUAAAAGAAGUGUUGUUUCCCGAUGAUUCAGUGUCACAGUCAAUGCUCCGCAGUCUCAUUUCUAGAGAUAAAUUUGAUCCCGACAUGGCGCGCAUCGUCGAUCUUUCUGGACUAGAUGAGCCUGUGAGAUAUCAAUAUUGGGGCUCCAGGCUUUUAGAUCUGCACGAUGAAAUUGAGAACCCGACCCCUCGAGGAUUCUUCGAGAAGUGGGUCGAGAGAAAAAGCGGUGCGAGGUAUGCCAUGAUGGCGACUCUUAUUGGUCUUUUCAUAGCCAUAUUACUUGGAGCGCUCGGCCUUGUCGUCAGUAUUUUCCAGGCUUGGGUUGGGUGGCAGCAAUGGCAGCAUCCUGUGUGAUGAACGGGCUAACGGUCUCCGGUGCGAAUGAGGGCAUUCAAUGGGAGAGGUGGGUGACCGGAUGAGAAUUCACCUUGGAAGCUGGGCGUUAUAGGAACUGGUUGAUUCUGGAAAUAAAACGGCAUCGUUGUAGAAGUGAUUUGAUAGUUUAUUUGAUCUGUGAAGUAGAUUGUCGC